AUGACUGUUAUUCAGGCCCAGGGAAGAGAACGGGCGGCCUUGGCUUUCCCCGUCCGCGUCCCCGAGCCACUGCGCAGGCGCACUUCCCCUUCCCGGUGGCCGCCGCCGCCUCCUCUUUCCGCUCCUCCACGCCGGCGCCUCGGAGACGGGCGCGACUUCCGCUUCCGGGCGGGCGGGCAGGCGGGCGGCGCGGGGCUGCCGGGGAGGGGGAGGGGGCGGCACUUCCGGUCGGGCCCUCGGGUCUCCCCGGAGCGGCGGCGCCUCCUCCGCCUCCUCGGCCUCCUCCCGGCGGAGACCCCUGCGCCGGGUCUGCUGUCGCCCACCCCGCCCGAGAUGGAGGCGAACGCAGCGGGCGGGGCCGCCGGGGGCGGUGGGGGCAGCGGCAUAGGGGGCGAGGACGGGGUUCACUUCCAGAGCUACCCCUUCGACUUCCUGGAGUUCCUCAACCACCAGCGCUUCGAGCCCAUGGAACUGUACGGCGAGCACAGCUUCAAGCACUUCCUGGGCCUGGUGACUCACAAGUAUGUGCACCUGGUGCGGCGGACCCUAGGCUGCGGCCUCUGCGGCCAGAGCUUCGCCGGUGCCUACGACCUCCUCCUGCACCGCCGCAGCCACCGGCAGAAGCGGGGCUUCCGCUGCCCGGUGUGCGGCAAGCGCUUCUGGGAGGCGGCCUUGCUGAUGCGCCACCAGCGCUGCCACACGGAGCAGCGGCCCUACCGGUGCGGUGUGUGCGGCCGAGGCUUCCUGCGCUCCUGGUACCUGCGGCAGCACCGCGUGGUGCACACGGGCGAGCGCGCCUUCAAGUGCGGCGUGUGCGCCAAGCGCUUCGCGCAGUCGUCCAGCCUGGCGGAGCACCGGCGGCUGCACGCCGUGGCCCGGCCCCAGCGCUGCGGCGCCUGCGGCAAGACCUUCCGCUACCGCUCCAACCUGCUGGAGCACCAGCGGCUGCACCUGGGCGAGCGCGCCUACCGCUGCGAGCACUGCGGGAAGGGCUUCUUCUACCUGAGCUCGGUGCUGCGCCACCAGCGCGCCCACGAGCCGCCGCGGCCCGAGCUCCGCUGCCCCGCCUGCCUCAAGGCCUUCAAGGACCCCGGCUACUUCCGCAAGCACCUGGCGGCGCACCAGGGCGGACGGCCCUUCCGAUGCUCCUCCUGUGGCGAGGGCUUCGCCAACACCUAUGGCCUCAAGAAACACCGCCUGGCGCACAAAGCCGAGGGCCUCGGGGGUCCUGGGGCGGGGGCGGGCACCCUGGCGGGAAAGGAUGCCUGA